AUGGCGACAGCCUUCCCCACCGUCUCCACUUUUGCGACCAAAGUCGCCGAACUGACUGACACCGCAAUCCACCUGCGACGUGCGCUGCUCGACAAUCAGCCGAAGAUAAGACAAAUCGAUUUCGUGUUGGGUGCAGUCUCAUCCUCCAGCUUCUUGCAAGAAUGGGAGACGUGUGCAGAGGAUUACCACGGCAUCCUCGAGUCGUCGGAAGGUGCUGCCAUCAAACUUGCAGCAACAAUCGAAUACUACCUAUCGCUGCUAGACGAAACAAACGAUCCUGCCGAGAUUGAGGAUACCAUUGAAGAGCUGAAAGGAUUCCGCCAGGCGAGUCAGAAUAGUGCCAUGAAUUCGAAGCUGCCGCAGAUUCGGUUCGAGCAUACGGCUCAAUGGGAUGCCCUUGUUAUUCGCCUCGGCAAUCUAGCUGGGACUGUUACUAACGCGGUGGCAACCGUUGGACCCCAGCUUCAAAAUGAUGUCAAUGUAAAGGAGAGUCGGAUUUCUUCAUUGGAAAAAGAGCUGCAAAUGUACAGAAAGAGGGAGGAGUCCGAAGCAACUUUGGCUCAGGCGCAGAGCUUUGUAGCUGAUGCAUGGGGCACAGUAGGCAAGUCUAACAGCGGAUGGCAGUACGACACGCGCGCUCGGAAUGCAGGCGCCAAACGCCAAACGCGAGCCUCGUACACAGAGAGACCGGAGACCCAGCAAUGCAGCAGACAGGAAGAGGCUCGGAUUGACGGAGAACUGACGAGAGAGCGAGCGAGCUUGAAACAAGCCGUGGUUACUUUGCGGGAGCACGAGGAAUUAGAUCUCAAGAGGAUAAUCAGCGUCAUUGUGGAAAUCCAAAUGAGGCUCACUACACAGUCCGGGCUUCUCAGAGACGUUUUCUCGGACGUGACGUGCAAGCUCACAAACAAUUCAAAAAACUACCUCAGUGCGCUUCUGAAAGUCCACGGUAACCCCACACCUAGCAACCAACUCGACUGUCGCAACGCAAAGCAGCGCGCUAUGUCAUCUUCCGUGGUCUGGCAAAAGCGGGCGCAGAAUCUGGUAGAUGGCUACGCCAAGAGAUUGAAGUAG